AUGGCAGCAUGCGCAGGCUGGGUGGAGGUAGAUGUGGCGUUGGGCAAGGCCAAUGUAGGAGUGGGAGAGGUAGGAGGGUCGAGAGAAGUAGUUGGGUCUAGGUCUGGACAUGGGCUUGGGUCUGGACAUGGACCUGGAGAGUUGGUGAGGCUGGGACUGGGUGCAGAGAGUGGGCCGGGAGAGAUGGUGGAAUCUGGAAGGGUAGAUGGACCAGGUAGGGGACACGGGCCUGGUUGGGGGCACAUGCCUUGUGAUGGGCUAGGGCCUAGUGAUGGGCUAAGGCCUGGUGAUGGUCUUGGGAUAGGAGACAAUGCUGUAGGGGGAGUCGGGCCCGAACUAGUGGGUGUUGGGGCCAGUAGGGGGCGUGAGUUGGAAGAUAUGGAUGGUGUGGUUGGAUUUGGCGGAGCAGGUAGUAGACCCAAGGGCAGUAUGUCAAGCUCAACUGUAGUAGGAGGGAUGACAACCUGUGAAGACUGA